AUGGUAGGAAAAUUUGUUUGUUGCGACGAUAAUACUCUGAAUCCUGAGAAUAUGGAUAUUUCCAGAUUCUUGGUGAGAACUAUGUGUGUGAACGUCCUCAAUGAAUCUUUUAAGGUCAACAUUGACGGGGUUUCAUUUAGGAUUAAGUUAACUGAAGAUACGUAUGGCCCUUUAUGUUUGAUGGUUAAUCCUAAGUCCUUGAAAGUUGGGAGAGCAGAUUCUUCUUCUUCUAAUUCUGAGGAAGGAAGAAUUUUUGGGGAAGACAGUCUGUAUAGAGGGGAAGAGGCUUUGGCUAAUUCUUUGUGUGAUUCUGAUGGCGUCAAUGCGGUGGUCUCAGAAACAGUCGGAGGAGUGAAUUUACCCAUACAGUCUGGAAGUAAGGAGUUUUUGGGGAAUCAGGAUAUAGGUUCUUCUCAAAAGGAGGUUCUGAAAGGCGGCUUGGGUAAUUCUGAUGUGUCUGCGGAGGAUGUUUUGUUCUCAGCUGGAACAGUGAUAUGUUGUGAGCCUUUAGUUCAUAAUGAUUUGGUUAAGUGUAAUUCGAGAUUUUGGGAGCAAAUUGAUUCUAAUGUUAGGAAAAAGGUUUGGGAGGUUCUUGGGAAGGUGGGGUGGUCUUUUUCUGGAUCUCUGGGAGCUUCAGAUGGUCUGAUUAUUCUGUGGAAGGAGGGUAUGAUAGAGGUUAUAUCGAGUUUUAGGGGUGGAGGCUUCUUGGGGAUCAAGAUUUGUUGGAAGGGCUUAUUUGAUUAUAUAGUGAAUGUAUAUUUUCCUUGUGUGCUCAGUCUUAAAAAGAUAUUGUGGUGUGAUUUGUUAGCUUGCAAAUCGAAUUUUAAUGAUGGUGAAUGGUGUAUGGGAGGAGAUCUUAAUUUGUGUAGUGGUAAAAGAUUCAGCUGGUUUAGCGGAGAUGGUAAGGCGAUGAGCACAAUCGGUAGAUUCCUCAUUUCAGAAGAUAUGAUCGAAAGGUGGGGCAUAAUUAGUCAAAAGAUCGGUUCUAGGAAUAUUUUAGAUCAUUGCCCGAUCUGGAUUAUAAUCAACCAAAUUGACUGGGUUCCGAAACCGUUUAUUGUUAAUAAUGGUCAGUUCGAUAAUAAAAAAUUUCUUCCGUUUGUUGAAAAGGUGUGGGGAUCUUUGGAAGUUUCUAGCCGUGGAGACUUCGUUCUGAAAGAGAAACUUAGGUUAUUAAAGGAGAUUCUUCGUACAUGGAACCGCGGCGUCUCUGGAAAGGUUGAUUUGGAGAUUGAAGAAGGGAUUUUGAAUGUGAAUAAGGAAGACAUAUUAUUGGAGAGCUGUAGUGGUGAUCAGCAUAAGGAGGUGGUUAGAAAGAGGGGAAAGAAGGAGGAUGAAUUUUAUUGGUUCAGUUUUAACGGAGGGGGUAUUGUGGACUCGGUGUGUGGGGUUAAGGAGGAGGUAAGGAGGUUCGUCUUUGAGAAGUUUGUUGAGUCGGAUUUCCAUCGUCCUUAUCUUGAUGGUAUCCACUUUCUAGCUUUUUCUCUUGAGGAGAGUGUAAUGCUUUGUCUUCCUUUUACAAAGGUGGAUAUCAAGGAUGUCGUGUGGAGUUGUGAGGGUUCUAAGAGCCCCGACUCCGAUGGCUUUAACUUUCUCUUUAUAAGGAAGUGUUGGUCUCUUAUGAAGGAAGACUUCUUCAGUGGCGGAAGGCCUUAUAGCUUUGGUCAAGAAAGUUUUUGUGGCGAGUUUAAGCUUUUUAUGGUGGGAGAUAAUUGCAAGGUGGAUAUUCUGCAAUUCCCAGAUGAUACUCUUUUUAUCGGGGUAGGAAUUUGGAGGCAGGUGCGGGCCCUUAAAUCGGUGUUAAGGGGUUUCAAAAUGGUUUCGGGUUUAGGCGUUAACUUUCACAAAAGUAAAUUAAUCAGGAUUAAUAUUAGUGAACAUUUUUUAGUGGCAGCAUCUAACUUUCUCUCAUGUAGGAUUGAAAAGAAGUCUUUAUUGUUCCUUGGGAUUUCCAUAGGCAUUAAUCCUAAGCGUAUUUCAUCGUGGAACUCUUUAUUACUCAAGAUACGUAAUCGAUUACUCAAUUGGAAAGAAAAAUUUAUUAGUUUAGGAGAGAGGGUUACCCUUCUAAAGUCGGUUCUUUCUCCUUUGGCGAUUUUUCUUCUUUCAUUUUACAAAGCACCAGUGAAGGUUUGUAAAGAUAUUGUGAAGUUACAAUCGAAUUUUCUGUGGGGAGGAGUUGAAGUUAAGAAAAGGAUUCAUUGGGUAGGGUGGGAUAAUGUUUGCUUACCAAGUACGAGAGGCGGGUUGGGGCUGAAAAAUAUUGGAGAGUUCAACAAAGCCCUCUUGUUGAAAUGGAGUUAUUCUCGUGCCUCGUCUAAUUCGGUGUGGUGGAACGAUAUCGUGGGGUUGGAAUCUAGUUUAGAGGAUUUUUCUUUUCCGGCUAAUUACAGGGAUGCUGCUGGCAAUGGCAUUUCGGUGUCGUUUUGGUAUUGUGUUUGGCUAGGUGACUAUGCUCUUAAAGAGAAAUUUCCUCUUCUUUUUUCUUCUGUUAACAGGAAGUAUGGUUUUAUUGUUGAUAUGGGAAUUUAG